CAUAACAUUUAGUAUAAAUAUCUUGUAAAUAAUGUACAUGUUUAAUUAUAAGUUAUAAAUAAUUUGAAUUUAUGUUCAGUUGUGAUUUGAGUAAAAGUAAAAGAAAUGUUAAGGAAUGUCAUUAUUUUGUUAAAUGAAUGUAUCCUUGAUCCUGAACUUAAUCCUUGAUCCUGAACAUAAAUGCGAUGUACUACAUGUUUCCUGCAUCCUACAUUAUGCUCAAAUAAGAUCCUCUUCCAGCUAUUAAUCCUGCUUAUGUAGUACAUUGUAAACGACAAACAAGCUUUUAUGUGAUUUUUUCACGAACAGCGACCACCGGCUUAUGGUACAUAACUGCGCAAAGUGGAGUAACAUCCAAUGACCUGUUCUGCAUGCUGAAUGUCAAUCUCACUAGGGAAAAGGAGGAGCCAAGGUCUUGUGACCACCCCUACCCCAAUGGAAAGUGCACUGGUUGAUUGAAAACUGUUCAACACGUUGCACCGGUGUUGUUAGCCCUGGUUUUGAGUUGUUGUGUUUUAUUUUACUGUCAUGUUUUAACUUUUUGUUGUUUUGUUUGCAUAUUACUAGCGAGCUUAUGUUUUCUAGAUAUUUGGUUUUUGUAUUAGGUUUGCGUGGUUGAGUAUGCGAGUGGAGAAAAAUGCAACAAAUGCUCGUCACGCUUCAUUGCCUCAGCAGCACACGCGCGAAGUAAGCACCGAAAGCCACCUUGGAAAAAAGGGAAGCUGUGGUGGGUAGAAGAGAUCGAUCUGGAGCUUACGACCGUUGGACGGUUGAGCUAUGAUCAGUAGCACUAGAAGCUUGAUGCUGAUCACUACCCACAUAACGGAUGUUUUCCAUUUGCAGCGUGACCUGAUGAAUCAGCAGUGCUGUUUGUUAACCAUUGGCCUAUCCCGGGAAAUAUUACAAAUAGGUGCACGGUGACACGAAAUGAUUCUCCGUUGCUAUGUGGUGUGCGUGUUAGUGUUUUCCUUGUUACCGCUGACAUAUGGCCGAGCGCGCCGAAAGGAUGCGCACGUUGACAUUACCGAUCAGACGACAGUGCUAGACGGCGUCGGAAUGCGAGCUGUGUUUCGCUUCCUGCGCUCAUGGAUGUUUGACGUCGUCGGACGUACCGGACAGCGCAUGAGCGGGUCUUAUCUGCAGGAACAGAUACCUUCUCAUGUGCCAUUUCCUUGCAACAUUACGUUGGGCAGAAGUACUAAGGUACCAACAAGUGUACAUAAACUGAGACCAGGAGACAUAAACGUAAUUGCAGCCAUGGGAGACUCGCUGACCGCUGCCACUGGUGCAGCAGCGUCCGGUUUCAUUGACCUGUACCAGGAAAAUCGUGGCCUAUCGUGGAGCAUUGGUGGUCAGUGGGAUUGGCGCAAUGUGACUACCCUACCCAAUAUAUUAAAGGUGUUCAAUCCGAAGCUCGUCGGGUACUCGCUCGGCGAUGCAUACCCGUUUCAUCGGGAAUCUCAAUUUAAUAUGGCUGAGAUCGGUGCCGUUUCAUACGAUAUACCGUACAUGGCGCGAGCGAUGGUGCAGCGCAUACGAAAUGAUCCGCGCGUCGAUUGGAAACGCGACUGGAAGCUGGUAACGAUUGCGAUCGGUGGCAACGAUAUCUGUUCGUUUGUGUGUACCAUGCGUUACCCCGAACAGCUACCAGCUAAGCAUCGGUUAAGGCUCCAGCGAACACUGCGCUAUCUACGUGAUAACAUGCCCCGCACCUUCGUCAAUCUCGUUUCGAUACCAAGUGUGUCAAAGGUGGUGAUGCUGCAGCGAAAACCGUUCGCUUGUGAAUCGCUACAUCACGGCGAGUGUUCCUGCUGGAUCGGGAAGCUUUACAGUCAGAGCAAUACUUCUCGUGAAAGUAUUUCCCCAUUUGACAGAUGGGGAAGGAUACAGGAUGAGUAUAUAAAAAUGGAAAAAGAGAUUGCAGAAUCGAAAGAGUUCCGAGGACUUGACGAGUUUGCUGUCGUCUAUCAGCCAUGGUCGCUGAAUGUGACGAUGAAGAUGAAUGGAAAGGAUAUUGACUACUCUCUUCUUUCGUAUGAUUGCUUUCAUAUGAGUCAGAAAGGAAAUGCCUAUGCCGGCACCGCACUGUGGAACAACAUGCUCGAGUCUGUGGGGAAGAAAACUUCUGACUGGCGGCCCCUUUUCAAAAACUUCAAAUGUCCCACCAAAGAGGCACCUUACUUAGUUACGUACGAUAACAGCGGUCACAGCUAACGGAAGAACAAUGUUCAUUCAGCGAGAACGGGAUUUGAAGAGACACAUUUUUACUUUGGAACUCAAAGGAAAUAUUGUUAUGAUAAUUUAUACUAAUUUACCGUUUGCGGUACCAAAUGGUAUUUGAGUGAACUGUAGGUUAGUACUGAAUGUAAGAUCUCACCGUAAAUCGAUUUCAGAGCAAAUUAAUAAAAUAAUUAUUUGCAAAACGAGACUCAUCAAAACAUCUUCAGUGAAAGAUGCAUCAAGUGAAGAUCUAAACGGGCCAAUCAAAACGAAACCAUGUCAGUAGCACACGGGACGUAGUAUGGAGAAAAUAGUAAGAAAUAAAAAUAAUUUGUUCAAUCAAAAUGAUUCGUCUCAAGUAUGCUCGUGCUGUGUAUGAUAAUUGUGAUAAGUGAUAUGAUGAAGUUUUUUCUAUGUUGCCUACGAAACGAAAUAUGGGAAUGCAGAAAAAUUGCAUAACGUUGUCGAGAUGUUGACGUAUAGAUGAUAAUGGUGCACUAACAGGUGCGAAGCACGCAGAAUGGUUUGGAUCUUUCAUGAGGAAUGGAUUUCACCCGAUUUAGAAAAGAGUA